CAUCAAUGGAGCCAUCAUCAUCAUCUUCAUCGUUUUUCCGAUUACUUCCACUCUUAAUUUUCACACACACAUUCUUUUCAUCUUUCGAACCAAUCGAAUCCGUCCACGUUUCGCAAGAUCUUUACACUCACCCAUCAAGAAACGCCUCUCUUUCUCCACCACCACCGCCAUCUUCAUAUUCAACUCCGACACUGCAACCUCCCCCAUUACCUGCACUCCCACCAUCUCCGGUUCCGGCGUUGUUUGUGAUUGGUGACUCUUCUGUUGAUUGUGGAACUAACAACUUUCUUGGUACACUUGCUCGUGCUGAUCAUCUUCCUUACGGCCGUGAUUUCGAUACCCAUCAACCGACUGGCCGGUUUUCGAAUGGUCGGGUUCCCGUUGAUUAUCUUGCAUCUUAUCUUGGUCUCCCAUUAGUUCCGAGCUAUUUAGGUCAAAGUGGGGCAGUCGAAGAUAUGAAACACGGGUUGAAUUUUGCUUCUGCGGGUGCUGGAAUCAUCUUUUCCAGCGGUGCAGAGUUGGGUCAGCAUAUAUCCUUCUCUCAGCAGAUUCAGCAGGUUAUGGAUACCUUUCAGCAGUUCAUAAUAAGAAUGGGUGAAAAGGCGGCUACUGAUCAUAUUUCAAACUCAAUGUUCUACAUUUCUAUCGGGACAAAUGAUUUUAUACAUUACUAUCUCCGUGAUGUGUCGGGUGUACAAUCAAAGUAUGUUUCAUGGAGAUUUAACCAAUUUCUAGCCAAGUCAAUGAGACAGGAGAUAAAGAAUUUGUACAAUGCGAAGGUUAGACGAGUAGUGGUGAUGGGACUGGCACCUAUUGGUUGUGCACCUUACUACUUGUGGCAAUACAACAGCAACAAUGGAGAAUGUAUCACAAAGAUAAAUGACAUGAUAAUGGAAUUCAAUUUUGUUAUGAGAUACACAGUUCAGGAGCUUAAUAAAGAACUCAAUGAUGCCACUAUAGUGUUUUGUGAUGCUUAUUUGGGAUCUAUGGACAUCUUGAAGAAUGCUGAGCAAUUCGGAUUUAGUGUUACGAAUUCGGCAUGCUGUGGUUUAGGAAGAUACAAUGGUUGGAUAAUGUGCUUAUCAGCUGGAAUGGCUUGUAGGAAUGCUUCAAAUCAUCUAUGGUGGGACCAAUUCCAUCCAACAGCUGCUGUGAAUGAGAUUUUAGCAGAGAAUGUGUGGUCUGGAUUGCAUGCCAGCAUGUGUUAUCCUAUGAACAUGAAGGACAUGAUAAUGCAGAGGGUUGGAUGAUGGGACCAAGAUAAGCUUUUGUUUCUGUAAAUAGAGAGAUCUUUUAGUGUUUCAGUAUAGUUCAGCAAAGAAAGCAUAGAGAGUAUAAAGCUUUAGUUAGUACAUAGAUUGUUGUCUCAUUUUUGUUGUAUAAAAUGUAAAUUGGUUAUCAAUAAAGAUGAAUAUCGGUUAUGCAACCUCAA